AUGUCAUCAAUGACCAAACCCACUAUCGUUCUCGUGCAUGGCGCAUGGCAUGGCUCGUGGUGUUGGAAAUUCCAAAUCCCCGCACUUGAGGCUCUCGGGUAUGCCGUAGAGGCCGUGGACUUACCAUGUGUCAGUGGGGUACCUGGUACGACACAGUUCGACGACGCGGACCACGUACGAUCUGUCGUGGAAUCGCAGACAUCUAUGGGUAAGCGCGUUGUUGUGCUAGCGCAUUCCUACGGCGGACCGAUUGCAAGCGCUGCCAUCAAGGGACUUUCCGAUAAAGGCGUGCUGGGGAUGAUUGCCCUAUCUGCGUUUAUCUUUCCUGGAGGCAUGGAUCAAGGCACGGUUAUUCGCGACAUGGGUGGUUUGCCAUACGUGACGUGGGACGUGCCGAGUGAAGGUCUUUUCCAAACGAAGGACCCCCGCAGCUUGUUCUUCCCACCGGAUGUGUCGGCGGAUCUAGUUGACUGGGUGGUACCGCAGCUUCGCCCUCAGAGCAUGGCUGCCAAUAUGGGGAUUGUGCCUCCUCAAGCCUGGGAGGAUGACUCUUAUACUGGCAGAUUGGGCUAUAUUAGGUGCACUGCCGAUGUCGUCAUUCUCAUCGAACAGCAGGACGCCAUGGUUGAAGGUGCAGGUGGACAGGGGAAAUGGGUAGUUCGCACUCUUGAAAGAUCGGGUCACAGUCCCUUCCUUUCACGACCACAAGAAGUGGCCGCUGCCCUUGAGGAGAUUGUGAAUACUUUUGAAGCUAAGAUAUGA